GUAUGGUUCAAAAACUGUAAUUUAUUAUUUACAAAUGAUGGUGGAUAUAUUUUCCUAUAUAUUCAUUUUCCUGUCAUUCCUGAGGUAGGGUCUUUUAAACCAUCAGUAUAAACUUGAAUACUUUCAUAAUAUAAUAUCUUAUUUUUGUCUCCAAAUUUAUUACAACCUCUGGAAAACUCCAGGCCAAUAUCUCUUCCCAUACAGGAGACAAAUUAUACUAAGUCUCAGCAAUCUGAAAUUUAUCUGUUAAAUAAUUUAUUUUCCACCAUAUUCCAAGUGAUUACUUAAAACAUCCAUUACAAUAUGAUUUUCCACAAAAGUCUUUAUGCACUUCCAGUAAAUUAACAUAAUUUUAUGUCAUCUCUGAUAUUUAAAGAGCUGCAUAGGCCCACAUUAAAGAGUUUUACGACAGAAGAAUGAAGUGUUGAUUGUCUCCAGUACAGCAGGUGGCGCUCUGCAGCUCUGCACUCCGCCGAUAAACUCACGAAAGAAACCGAGCUCGAGCUCAAACAUCAAACGCUGUGUGUUUAUCAGAUUUAGUAGUUAUCAGAUUUACUUUAAUGUACUUGUUGAUUUUAAUUCGUGUAAAUGUAUAUGUUUAAUUGAUGUGUUUGUGCUGGAAUCUUUAAGCAUCCACAGAGGAGAAAUCAGAGUGUUUUUUUGUUUUGUUUAUUGCUGACAUGUUAAGUCUAACGUCAAGUGGAGAUAAAGGACGGAAAAAAGAGGUUUGUUGUGAAUCUUUCGCACAGGAACUCAGUCUGACUUUACUCUGUUAUACUGAGUCAAAGCCCACAGAUGAUGAAUCUACUGAUCAAACCUCCACAGAGUCUCUGGAUUCUGUCUGUAACGCUGGAGAACAGCAGCAGAUCCUGCAGACCAAACUCAACAUGUGUUCAGUCAAACUCAUCGACUGCACAAACCUCAUGAUGAAGAUCAAAACUGAACCCACAGAAGAUGAAGAUCACACUGAUGAAGAUGAUAAUGAUUUUAUAACUUCAGAUGAUAAAAAUAAUUCCUGUUCUAAGGGAGAAAUAACGUCUUCAACAUCAAAAGAGCGUCGGACAGCACAAACUCUUUCCUGCAUCACCUGUGAAAAGACAUUCAGCUCACAGAGACAUUUAGAGAGACAUGAGAGAAAACACACAGAACAGAAACUCUUCACCAGAUCUGAGAUCAGCUUUACUACCUUACAAGAGAAGAAACUUCAUUCAGAAGAGCACACAGACAAGAAGAAGAAGCAGCAAUUUCAAUGUGAGCAGUGUGGGAAGGUUUGUGUCUCUUCUUCUAGUCUGAACGUUCACAUGAGGACACACAGUGGUGAAAAACCUUUCAACUGCACUCAAUGUGGCUAUUACUUCAGCAACAAAGGAAAUCUUGAUGUUCAUCAGAGAAUUCACACAGGAGAAAAAACAUACAAGUGUCCUCACUGUGAGAAGAGAUUUAUCCGCAAAACUCAUCUGAGUAGACACAUGCGUUCACACACCAAUGAGAGACCGUAUAAGUGCAGUGAAUGUGGAAAAAGCUUCAGGGAUUCAGGUUGUCUAAAGUCACACCAAAAAAUACAUUCUGAUGAGAAACUCUAUCAAUGUUCACACUGCGAUAAACGUUUUCGUCAUCAAUUUCAGCUAAUACCCCAUGAAAGAACUCACACUGGAGAGAAACCGUACCUCUGCUCUCACUGUGGAAAGAGCUUCUCUACUCCAAGUUCUAUUAGUGUUCAUCUAAGACUUCAUACUGGAGAGAAACCUCAUCAGUGUAAUGUUUGUGGAAAGGGUUUCAGAAGACUUGACGUUUUUAGGAAACACCAGAGAACUCAUACUGGAGAAAAGCUUUACAAAUGCUCUCAGUGUGAUAAGAUAUUUGCUCGUUCAGAUGUUCUGAAAAUCCACGAAAGACUUCAUACUGGAGAGAAACCUUACCAGUGCUCAAUCUGUGGAGAAAGAUUUGCUCAGUUAGGCAGUUUUAAACCUCACCAGAAGAAACAUGCUAAAGAACAAACUACACUGGCAUUGCACCUCAGUCUGGAAAAGACGGAGUAAGUGUUUACUGUCAGUAGAGGUCAAUGCUACGUUGAGUUUUCAGGUGGAUUGAGGUUUCAUGAUCCCUGGAAAAUCAAUGUUUCCAAAAUGUGUUUAGUUGUGUUUGUGGCCUUUAACUACACCAUGCUGGUUCAACAAUGAAAGCAACAAUCAGUCAGAACUGAAAGCACAUAACGGCAUGAUUUUUCUGACGUGUUUUCUGCUAUAUAUGCAAUAAUGUGACAAAGCUUUUAUUUUAACUGAUGUGAUUUUUAUUUUAACUGAUGCGAUUUUUAUUUUAAAGCAACACUAUGUAGUUUCCAUGUAAAAAUGACUUACAGCUCCCCCAUGUGGUUGAAAAGCGCCACAGUGCCUGGUAUCAGACACUCUUCUGCAGGCAGGGGGAGGGGCGGGGCUGUGUUUCCUACCCUCCACCGCCACUUUCAGAGUGUGCUUGUAGCAGCUAGGAGGCUGCUCAGGUUGCAGCAACCAGUACAAUUUGUCCAGUUAAAAGUUGUUCUAUUACUAAAAUAAUUUUAGAGACAUUAUUUAAAGGUAAAAAAACUACAUAGUGUUGCUUUAACUGAUGCGAUUUUUAUUUUAACUGAUGCGAUUUUUAUUUUAAAGGGACACAAGGCAGCAAUUUUGUGUUAAUAAAUCAUCUUCGUAAGUCGGUAUAUGGUUAAAUGAUUCAUUACAUCACGAAUGAAGACUCUCUCGCCCGCCCCUACCGUCUGUAGGAAAUAUACCCCACUUGCAAGUUCGCUGUAUCCGACCCGGUGUCCUUCAGUCUUGUAUAGUCUCAGAUAUAGAACGCAUUUACUCCCAGACACUAGGGGGAGCUAGUAGAGAAAUAAUACUCAGACUUGCCUUGUGUCCCUUUAACUGAUGCGAUUUUUAUUUAAACUGAUGCGAUUUUUAUUUUAACUGAUGUGAUUUUUAAUGUAAUUGCAUUAAUCUAUAAAGCACACACUGAUGAACACUGAUGAUUGAUCUGUUAAGUACUUGAGAAAACAGGGCGUGUUUGAAAGAUCUUGUUUGUGAAUAAAGCUUUCUUAAAGAUA